CUUAAGGCAACCGGAACAAACAAAAGACACCAAAGCAAAGCUCAGCAGCGGUUUGAAUGCUUUCGUUAAAUUGUUUUAGGCGAUAAAACGCACAGCUUGUGUGCAACAAGAUGAUUUAACGGACCCACCGAGCGGACUUUUGGACCCCGGCAUGGAAAAAUAAAUGAAGAUGACCGCAUAACAUUACACAAACCUCAAGAUUUUAUGUUUUUAUAUAAUUUUAAAGGGAUCUAUUUGCUUUACUAGACCGUUUGGUAUUUUCUUUUAACAGUCUUGAGUUAUAAUGAAGGGCUCCCAUUUCGCUUUUUUGAGCCGGAGGCAGAGGCGCUCCGGCGGGUUGGCCGGGCUGCUGUAUCCGCUCCUCGGUGCGUGUCUCUGGGCCGCGGUGAUCGGCUACAAGCCGGUGGUCAUAGUCCACGGUCUGUUCGACAGCUCAGGAGAUUUUAUACUAUUACAGCAGUUUAUCAACGAGUCUCAUCCUGGAACAAAUGUUACAGUCAUCAACUUAUUUGACAGAAGUUCCAGCCUGCAGCCCAUGUGGAAGCAGGUGGAGGGAUUCAAGGAAGCUAUCUACCCCAUAAUGCAAAAUGCAGAAGAUGGAGUCCACUUUAUCUGCUACUCUCAAGGUGGGCUGGUUUGCAGAGGAAUCCUCUCCACUCUCUCUGACCACAACGUCCAAUCUUUCAUCUCUCUGUCCUCCCCUCAGGCCGGGCAAUAUGGAGACACCGACUACUUGAGGUACCUCUUCCCACAGUUCAUGAAGUCCAACCUCUUCCACCUCUGCUACACUGCAGUAGGUCAGAGGAUCUCCAUCUGCAACUACUGGAACGACCCCCACCACCGAGACAUCUAUGUGAACAGCAGUGACUAUUUGGCUCUGCUCAACAGCGAGAGACGCAAUCCUAACUCGACAGAGUGGAAGAACAACUUCCUCAAAAUUAAAAAGCUGGUUUUGAUCGGAGGACCAGACGAUGGAGUCAUCACUCCCUGGCAGUCGAGUCAAUUUGGAUUUUAUGACGACAACGAGACUGUUGUUGAGAUUCAGCAUCAGGACUUGUAUUUAAGAGAUGUUUUCGGCCUGAAGACGCUGGCAGCUCGUGGAGAUCUGAUCAUCUGCUCCGUUCCCGGCGUCGAACACGUGUUUUGGCACAAGAAUGAGACGGUGUUCCACUUGUGCAUGGAGAAGUGGCUGGUGUAGAGCCAAGCCCUUCACGGCGCGCGCACACACACACACACACACACACACGGUUACACGCGGUUUCACGCGCUGCAGUUUUAUAAGCUCCUAACUUUCACCAUUUAUAAAAAAAACACACUGAACAUUUGUAAGCGUACUCUUACAGUUGCUCCGUGCUCUUUGCUUGGGAGGUUUAUGUCAAUACAUCUUGUUUUGUAUGUUCAUCCUAGUAAAUAUUUACUUACUCUAAAGGGAAUAGUUUUAUAUUUUCGGAAGUGAACUUGCUUUCCUGCAGAGAAGUAGACAGGACUGGUACCAAUAUCAUGACUCCACUAAACAGUAUUAAGCUACAACUAGCAGCCGGUUAUCUUGGCUGAAAUGGACUGCUCGGUCCAAAGUUAGCAGAACCCACCGACCAGCACCUCCAUGAGUUCAAUAAUGAACACGUCUUAUAUUGUUUGUUUCAACUGUACAAGAACUGAAGUGUAACAGGCGGUUAUACGGCGGACGGUGUCUGGGCUGGACUCCGUUACAUAGUUGCAUCACCAAAGUGAGGUUGCCUAACAACCAGGGGAAACUCCAGGGAACGGUAGUGCUCGCAGUCCAGAAAUACAACACCAACAAACCAACCAUAUGCAUUAAACAAACAGGAUAUCACGUGUAGAGUUGUUGCACUUUAGAGAGGCAAGUCGACAGGUUUUAUACCCUUUUGGGCUGACCGCUAACUGUAGGUUAAUAUUUCUUGUACGGACAUAAAAGUGCUAUUGAUCUUGUGAGUUUUUAAAAACUGCUCCUUCUUCAUAAUCUCUUUUGGGCCGUAUUGUAUCUGUUGGACAAAUGAAGCACACCUUUUGUCCGUGAGCUGUAGAUUCUUAGAAAAUAAGCACAAGGCACCAACCGUCAGAAGCAACAAACAAUACUUUAACUAGGUUUAUUUUAAUGCAGUCAACGGUAUAGCAAAUUAUAUAUUUAAAGGAGCAAUCCAGCAAUUAAUUUUAGCUUGUUAGUAAAGUACAGGGACUUGACAGAAAGAAAAAGGUUAAGUCUAUGAAGCAGCGGCUGAAGACAUUUUAGAGUUUUUACAGUGUUUGUGAUUGCUCUUCAUGUAUAAAAUAGAUUGUGUCCCUUUUUUAAGUUGCAUGAGAGUGAUGCUAAUGUCUAAUGCUAAUGUGUGUGUGUGUGGUCACGCACACCUCAAAACCCAACGCAAUACAAGUGCCUGAGCAAAGUUCUCUCAUCCAGUCUUCAUGUACAGAUUCACGGCCCUGCUCAUUGUAUUAUGCAGUAAUUUAUAUAUUGAACAUGUGCGUCAUGUUCUUUCAGUGUGUACAUUUUAUCAUGAAUAUUGGAGCUUUGGAGCUUUAGUAAAUUGAGCCUUAAAGUCUCCCGUCGUGCUUUAGUGUUUCAUGUCCCACGCCGAAGUGUUACGACACGCUGCCUUUAGUGAUGGUGCUGAAAAUAAUGAUGUAGACGGGUUGCUGUAGAGUGGCAGUGCUAUAUUAGUGUUUAGUACGUGGCGCUCUUUACCUCCCUACGCAUUUAGAUAUCUCAGGCGUUUGAGCAUCCUUCGUGUUUGGCCAUUUCUUGGAAAAGGGUUUGAAUUCUUUGUUGCAUUUUGUAUAUGUAGAUAUUUCUUAAACCAGGAAAAGAAGCGGAAAUAUGUAACCAAAUUUUAAAAAGGGGAAAAUGAUGGAGAUGGGAUGAUUAUUACUUUGUAGUUUGUAUAUUGGUAGUAUUAUUUAGAUUGUACAUCCUUUGUUUUGUGUGCUUGUAAACGUUAAUCAAUCUAACUUUGGCUUUAAGGGAUAUCCUCUCUCUUCAGUUCUCUUCUCAUGAAAUAGUUAAAUGUGGUUAUGGACAUUUUUCUAAAAUCAAAAACUACUAUUUUGAGUCCUACGAUUUCUACAGUCUAUGGUUGCCAAUGAAAAUCUGUCAAACGUGUUCAAUUCCUCAAUAAAAGACCAUUUUAAACAUUG